AUGGCACCCGAGAUCGUGGACCUGAUUUCCGACGACGAGGACGACGUCGUCUCCGUUCCCGGCCCCAGCAGCAACACACAUCCCAAAGCAGGAAGGCAGGCCAUCACAAACAAUACGAUCAACCCAGCACUCAUAUCACGCCCCAGAGCUACGGUUCAGAUCCCCCGAGCCACCCAGGCGGACACUCCAAGCUCCACACCCAGCAGCCACACGGCGCAGAACAGCCCAGUCGGUGAUGCGGCCCCGAAAUCUAUACACUCACCAUUGUUCGUCCCAUCAGGCAGCCCUGAUCUUGAGGCUUACGACAACGACAACGGCAGCUGCACCGAUAGAGGCAAAGGCAAAGGCAAAGGCCGAGCUGCUUCCAUCCCAGAGAUCGAUCUAUCGCAAGAUCCCAACGAUGAGAGUACCGAUAUUCCACCGCCACCCGCCGUCGACAGAUCAUGGGACUAUGCCAACGGGGAAUUCACCGAGGAAGACGCCCUGAAACAAGCCAUCGCACUGUCAUUGCAGGAACAGAGCCCAGGUCAAGAUCACGAUCAAGAUGACGAGCAAGGUCAAGGUCAAACUCAACUAAGUGGAGAGGGAUACACCUGUCCACGAAAUACAGCAGCAGCAGCAGCAGCGACAGCGAAGCCGUUGCCAGACUGGCGGUCCUCGUCCUCCUCUCCCGUGAAGUACCCUGUUGAAAUGACAGCCUCAACCUCAAAUGCGACCCCGAACGCGCCGGAUGCGCCACUAUCAUCAUCAUCAUCAUCGUUAAUUUCGGCUGAGACUCGGCCCUCCACAGCUGCGCCCAACUCGACCACCAAAGCAACUCCCUCGUCAGAGCUGCGAGUCUCUGCCUCGAACUUGACGGACGGGCGUGGCGCCGACGAGGCCCCACCUCCAUCAUCCAGCACGUUUAGCCUCGCGGGCCUGGACCGCAGGAGAAUGGAAGAAGAGCGCUUGGCCCGACUGAAGCGGAAGCACGGGCACGGGGAAACCCAAGACGAGCAGCAAAGCGAGGGUCCGAGUCCAAAAAUCGCGAGGACGACCCAGCAGCGGCAGAGAACUAUAUCGCCACCGCCGCCCAUCAAGAUCAAGCAGGGUCUGAAGGAUCAGGACAAGAACGACAGCGUUGAGAUCGCAACAUCAAGCAAGCGGGGCGGUCACAAUACUCUUCCUCGGGAUGCGGCCUCUCUUGACGACGACGACGACGAUGGCGGCCCGAAUACCACCCGCAAAACGACAUGCUACUACCCUGACGGCGUUGCUCUCAAGACGCAUGUCCCCAGCUAUCCUGCCGCGCAGACAAUCUCGUUUGCGUCUCUAAUCUCGCCGCCGUCGCACCUCGAAUCCGCCCUCCUGUCCUCUUUCAAUUGGAAUUUCGACUGGCUCUUCCCGCACUUUGAAACGCGACGGACGAAAUUCCAGCUCGUCAUGCACGCCAAAUCGCUGGCCCAGCGAGAAACCAUCGUGCGGGAUUGGCAGGGCGUGCCCAACGUGAGGUUGACAUUCCCGCCCAUGGGCGGCAAUGUCAAUUGCAUGCAUAGUAAAUUGAUGUUGCUGUUCUACGCGAACGAGGCGGAGGCGGAGGCGGCGGUAUGGAAGGGCGGCCAGCGGUGCAGGCUCGUCGUCCCGACCGCGAAUCUCGUCGACUUCGACUGGGGCGUGGACUCCAUCAUGGAGAAUACGGUCUGGCUGAUCGACUUGCCUCUCCAUGGGCCGUCGACCACGGCAGGACGCACGGAACCGCCGUUUCAGAAGUCGCUGAAGCAGUUCCUGAAGGCUCAAACUGUGCCGGACGACGUGUUGCGCAAGCUCGAUCAGUUUGAUUUCAGCAAGACGGCAAAAUACGGCUUUGUCCACUCAAUCGGCGGCGUGCACACUGGUCAAGCGUGGAGGACUACGGGGAUUGGAGGUCUGGGCCGCACGGUCAGCGAACUCGGGCUCGCCACCAAAGAUCCCAUCCAGGUGGACUACGUGACCUCGUCGGUGGGCAGCUUGAACGACGAAUUCAUGCAGUCCAUGUACCUCGCCGCGCAAGGGGACAGCGGAUUGACAGAGUAUAACAGACGACUCAACAAAAAACUAUCCUCUGGCAGUCCACAGGGUAGUUGGAAACCAAACUUUCGGUUCUACUUUCCUAGCGACGCUACCGUCAGGGAAUCGAGAGCCGGUCCCCAGAGGGCAGGCACGAUCUGCUUUUCGAUGAAAUGGUGGCAGAAUCCGAACUUUCCAAGGGCCAAUAUGCUCGAUUGCUUGAGUGUUCGCGACCGCCUAUUGAUGCACAACAAGCUAUUGUUUGCCAGGUACGCCUCAUCCGUCGAGAAGUCCCAGUCAGGGAACGGAGGGUGGGUAUAUGUCGGUAGCGCGAACCUUUCGGAGAGUGCUUGGGGACGACUCGUGCAGGACAAAGCCACCAAAGAACCUAGACUCAACUGUCGGAACUGGGAAUGUGGAGUCGUGAUUCCAGUCCCGGCAAAAAGUAGCGACGCAAGGGAUAGCAGUUUCAAUGACGCAGGGCUGGCGUCUUUCGCCGACUAUGUCCCGGUUCCGAUAAGGUAUCCCAGCGAGAGGAUGGAAACAAAGAAGCCCUGGACAAUGUCAGAGUAUUGA